AUGUCCAAGGAGGAGGAGCCCAUGGAGACGGCGGACACGAAUGAAAAUUCGAACGAGUCCACCUCGGACACGACGUCGUCCCACACCAAGGAACCGGACUACGAUGCCACCCUGGAGACGGAUCGCAGCAAGCGGUUCGAGUUUCUGCUCAAGCAGACGGAAAUUUUUGCCCAUUUCAUGACGGCGGCGCCGACGAAGAGUGCCGCGAGUCCACCGGCCAAGGCCAGCGGAAGCAAGAGCAAGAAAAAGGGGGAUAAAAAGGAGGAGAGGACAAGGACAAGAAGGCGUCGACGGGGAAGGAGAUCCGGGAGAUGGACCAUUUCCGAAGCUCUGGAAGCACGCAUUCAUGUUUCCGGUACACAAGAAAGGCGAUAA